UCAGCGUUCUAUCGACUCAUCGAUAGCUGUGAGAAGGAACGUGUUGCGACAACUUAUUGUUAAUCAUUUAGUAGCUGCCUCGUUGUGAAAUUAAGAAAAAUUAGAUUAGAGCGCCAAUAAUAACAGUUGAGAGUUAAAAUGUCACAAUUCACGUGCAUUAACUGCGAUGCACGCUUCGCCAACGCGCAAAUACAGAGAGACCACUACAAGACCGACUGGCACCGUUACAAUCUGAAAAGGCGUGUGGCGCAGUUGCCACCAGUUACUGCCGAGGAGUUCCAGCAGCGUGUGCUGAGCGCGCGCAGCGCCACAGAGACGGCCAUCGAGGAGCAACAGAUGAGCAUCUAUUGCACCGCGUGUCGCAAACAAUUUGGCACACAAAAGGCCCACGACAAUCACCUCAACAGCAAGAAACACAAGGAGGCUCUCAUCCGCUUCGAGCAGCAGCUGAAGCAACAAUCAGAAUCACAAUCGGAAACUGAAACUGCCGUUUGCAUAAGGAGCAUUGUGGAGCCACGUCCACAUCCAGCUUUGGCGGCAGCUGCCUCCGGCAAGGGACGUCUGGCAUUCGCCGAGCGAGCGAUGCAAAUAGAUGCAGAUGAAGCGAUCGGCGAUGACGAUGACUUUGAGGAUAUCGAGGAAGAGGAGAUUGACUCAGAUGAAUGGGACAAAAUUGCAGAGAAUCCGCUGACCGAACGCGAUUGCCUAUUCUGCACCCAGCAAAGCGACGAUCUUGUAGAGAAUCUGAAGCACAUGUCACUCACACAUUCGUUCUUCAUACCGGACACCGACUACUGUACCGAUAUCGAAGGCCUGCUCUACUAUCUGGGCGAAAAGGUGGCCAAUUAUUUCAUCUGCCUGUGGUGCAAUGAUCGCGGCAAGACCUUCUAUUCCCUGGAUGCGGUGCGCAAGCACAUGGUGGACAAGGGCCACUGCCAGAUGCUACACGAGGGCGUCGCCCUGGCCGAAUAUGCCGAAUACUACGAUUACAGUGCCAGUUAUCCAGAUAAUAAAGAGGGCAUGGACAUUGAUGAGGAGAUUGUACCCGAUUUGCUGGAUGGUGACGAGUACCAGCUGGUGUUGCCAUCGGGCGCAGUGAUUGGCCACCGUUCGCUGUUGCGCUACUACAAACAGCGGCUGCAUCCGGAACGCGCUGUGGCACUUAAGAAAUCCGAUCGCAAGCUGCAUCGUGUGCUGAGCGAGUAUCGCGCUCUCGGCUGGACGCAGACACAACAGCAGGCGGCGGCGCGGAAGGCGCGUGACAUUCAUUUGAUGAAGCGCGUCCAGUCCAAGUGGCAGAUGCAGCUGGGCACCAAGGCCAACAAGCUGCAGAAACAUUAUCGCGCACAGGUGCUUAUUUAAGCAGCUCACUGCAAACAAACGAAAAACAGAAACAAAAAUCUUUUUUUUUCUCGCUUAAAUUAAGCAAAAAAUUGUUUUCAUUUAAAAUUACUGCGUUUUCUCUUCAAAUAAAAUUACAUAAUUUAAAUUAAAAAUUAAAUAAAA